GAGGACUGCAUCUCCCAGCAGGCCGUGGGGCUUUUUUUUCUUGUCCCCUCGUGACGAGCGACUUCCGGCACGGAGGGGCGGGGCUGUGCGUGCGGCCGAGCCAGGCGCUGAAGCAGCUUCGGGAGCGGUUGGGUGUCCGGCGGGCUUCAGCCGCCAUGGAGGCCGUGCCCCGUAUGCCCAUGAUCUGGCUGGACCUGAAGGAAGCCGGUGACUUUAACUUCCAGCCAGCCGUGAAGAAGUUUGUCCUGAAGAAUUAUGGAGAGAACCCAGAAGCCUACAAUGAGGAACUGAAGAAGCUGGAGUUGCUCAGACAGAAUGCCGUCCGUGUCCCCCGGGACUUUGAGGGCUGCAGUGUCCUCCGCAAGUACCUUGGCCAGCUCCACUACCUGCAGAGUCGAGUCCCCAUGGGCUCGGGCCAGGAGGCUGCCAUCCCUGUUACCUGGACCGAGAUCUUCUCAGGCAAGUCUGUGGCCCAUGAGGACAUCAAGUAUGAGCAGGCCUGUAUUCUCUACAACCUUGGGGCGCUGCACUCCAUGCUGGGGGCCAUGGACAAGCGGGUAUCUGAGGAGGGCAUGAAGGUCUCCUGUACCCACUUCCAGUGUGCAGCAGGCGCCUUUGCCUACCUGCGUGAGCACUUUCCUCACGCCUACAGUGUCGACAUGAGCCGCCAGAUCCUUACUCUCAAUGUCAACCUCAUGCUGGGCCAGGCUCAGGAGUGCCUCCUGGAGAAGUCGAUGCUGGACAACAGGAAGAGCUUUCUGGUGGCCCGCAUCAGUGCACAGGUGGUGGAUUAUUACAAGGAGGCAUGCCGGGCCCUGGAGAACCCCGACACUGCCUCACUGCUGGGCCGGAUCCAGAAGGACUGGAAGAAGCUCGUACAGAUGAAGAUCUACUACUUUGCGGCUGUGGCUCAUCUCCACAUGGGGAAGCAGGCGGAGGAGCAACAGAAGUUCGGGGAGCGGGUUGCAUACUUCCAGAGCGCCCUGGACAAGCUCAAUGAAGCCAUCAAGUUGGCCAAGGGCCAGCCUGACACUGUGCAGGAUGCGCUUCGCUUCGCUAUGGACGUCAUUGGGGGAAAGUACAAUUCUGCCAAGAAGGACAAUGACUUCAUUUACCAUGAGGCUGUCCCAGCACUGGAUACUCUUCAGCCUGUAAAAGGAGCCCCCUUGGUGAAGCCUUUGCCAGUGAACCCCACAGACCCAGCUGUUACAGGCCCUGACAUCUUUGCCAAAUUGGUACCCAUGGCUGCCCACGAGGCCUCAUCGCUGUACAGUGAGGAAAAGGCCAAGCUGCUUCGGGAGAUGAUGGCCAAGAUUGAGGACAAGAAUGAGGUCCUGGACCAGUUCAUGGAUUCAAUGCAGCUGGAUCCUGAGACAGUGGACAACCUUGACGUAUACAGCCACAUCCCGCCCCAGCUCAUGGAGAAGUGUGCAGCUCUCAGCGUCCGGCCCGACACUGUCAGGAACCUUGUCCAGUCUAUGCAAGUGCUGUCAGGCGUGUUCACGGAUGUGGAGGCCUCCCUGAAGGACAUCAGGGACCUGCUGGAGGAGGAUGAACUGCUAGAGCAGAAGUUCCAGGAGGCAGUGGGUCAGGCUGGGGCCAUCCCGGCUGUUUCCAAGGCUGAGCUGGCAGAGGUGAGGCGAGAAUGGGCCAAGUAUAUGGAAGUCCAUGAGAAGGCCUCCUUUACCAACAGCGAGCUGCACCGUGCCAUGAAUUUGCAUGUUGGCAACCUGCGCCUGCUUAGUGGGCCACUGGACCAGGUCCGGGCUGCCCUGCCCACGCCAGCCCUCACCCCAGAGGACAGGGCUGUGCUAGAGAACCUGAAGCGCAUCCUGGCCAAGGUGCAGGAGAUGCGGGACCAGCGUGUGUCCCUAGAGCAGCAGCUGAGGGAGCUUAUUCAGAAGGAUGACAUCACUGCCUCGCUGGUUACCACAGACCAUUCAGAGAUGAAGAAGCUGUUCGAGGAGCAGCUGAAGAAGUAUGACCAGCUGAGGGUAUACCUAGAGCAGAACCUGGCUGCCCAGGACAACGUCCUCCGUGCGUUGACAGAAGCUAAUGUGCAGUAUGCAGCCGUGCGGCGGGUGCUCAGUGAACUGGACCAAAAGUGGAACUCCACACUGCAGACCCUGGUGGCUUCAUAUGAAGCCUAUGAGGACCUGAUGAAGAAGUCUCAGGAGGGCAAGGACUUCUACGCAGACCUAGAGAGCAAGGUGGCCACUCUGCUGGAACGGGCGCAGUCUACCUGCCAGGCCCGCGAGGCUGCCCGCCAGCAGCUUCUGGACAGGGAGCUGAAGAAGAAGCCACCACCACGGCCCACAGCUCCAAAGCCACUGCUGCCCCGCAGGGAGGACGGGGAGGCAGUGGAGAUGGGAGACCCACCCGAGGAGCUGCGCAGCCUGCCCCCUGACAUGGCAGCUGGCCCACGGCCACCUGAUAGCUUCCUAGGGAGUGGUGCCCCACUCCACUUUCCUCCUGGUCCCUUCACCAGCUCCACAGAUCCAACACCCCACUAUCUCUCAGGCCCUUUACCCCCUGGAACCUAUUCUAGCUCCCCCCAGUUGAUGCAGCCCAGGGCCUCAGGGCCCCCUGCAAUUCCCAUGGCACCUGGGCCUGCCCUCUACCCAGCUCCUGCCUACACGCCUGGGCUGGGCCUUGUGCCCCGAUCCUCCCCUCAGCAUGGUGUAGUGAGCAGUCCCUAUGUGGGGGUAGGGCCACCCCCAGUAGUUGCAGGUCUGCCCUCAGCACCCCCUCCCCAAUUCUCAGGCCCUGAGCUGGCCAUGGCUGUCCAGCCAGCCACCACCACAGUAGAUAGCAUCCAAGCCCCCAUCUCCAGCCACGCAGCACCCCGGCCAAACCCCAGUCCUGUUCCUCCCCAGCCCUGCUUCCCAGUGCUCCCACCACAGCCACUGCCCACACCCUACACCUACCCUGUAGGAGCCAAGCAACCUCUCGCAGCUCCCCCAGCCCAGCACCACUUUUCUCCUGGGAUCACAGAUUUUCCAGCCCCGAGGAUUGGGCCCCAGCCUCAUCCUUCACAAGCAGCAUUUGGACCUCAGCCCCCGCAGCAGCCCCUUCCACUCCAGCAUCCACACCUUUUCCCACCCCAGGCCACAGGACUUUUAUCCCCACAGCCCCCCUACCCCUUUGCCCCCCAGUCUGGUGUCCUGGGGCAGCCACCACCAGCCCUGCACACCCAGCUUUACACAGGUCCAUCACAAGACCCUCUGCCCCCCAACUCAGGGGCUCUGCCUUUCCCUAGCCCUGGGCCCCCUCGACCUCCACAUCCCACCCUGGCAUAUGGUCCUGCCCCAUCUCCCAGGCCCCUGGGCCCCCAGGCAGCCCCUCUCUCCAUUCGAGGCCCCCCCCCUGCUGGCCAGCCCACCCCUAGUCCCCACCUGGUGCCUUCACCUGCCCCAUCACCAGGGCCUGGCCCACUACCCUCUCGGCCCCCAGCAGCAGAGCAGCCCCCGUGCCUGCGCCGAGGCACUGCGGCUGCAGAUCUGCUCUCCUCUAGCCCUGAAAGCCAGCAUGGUGGCACUCAGCCUCCUGGGGGUGGGCAGCCCUUGCUGCAGCCUACCAAGGUUGAUGCAGCUGAGGGCCGUCGGCCCCAGGCCCUGCGGCUGAUUGAGCGGGAUCCCUACGAGCAUCCUGAGAGGCUGCAGCAGUUGCAGCAGGAGCUGGAGGCUUUUCGAGGCCAGCUGGGGGAUGCAGGGGCUCUGGACACUGUCUGGAGGGAGCUGCAAGAUGCACAGGAACAUGAUGCCCGAGGCCGUUCCAUUGCCAUUGCCCGCUGCUACUCGUUGAAGAACCGGCAUCAGGAUGUCAUGCCCUAUGACAGUAACCGUGUGGUGCUCCGCUCAGGCAAGGAUGACUACAUCAACGCCAGUUGUGUGGAGGGGCUCUCGCCAUACUGCCCACCCUUAGUGGCCACUCAGGCCCCACUGCCUGGCACAGCUGCUGACUUCUGGCUCAUGGUGCAUGAGCAAAAGGUGUCGGUCAUUGUCAUGCUGGUGUCUGAGGCUGAGAUGGAGAAGCAAAAGGUGGCACGCUACUUCCCCACUGAGAGGGGCCAGCCCAUGGUGCAUGGUGCCCUGAGCCUGGCCCUGAGCAGCGUCCGCACCACUGAAACCCACGUAGAGCGAGUGCUGAGCCUGCAAUUCCGAGACCAGAGCCUCAAGCGCUCUCUUGUGCAUCUCCAUUUCCCCACUUGGCCUGAGUUAGGCCUGCCUGACAGUCCCAGCAACCUACUGCGCUUCAUCCAGGAGGUGCACACACAUUAUCUGCACCAGCGACCUCUGCACACGCCCAUUGUCGUGCACUGCAGCUCCGGUGUGGGCCGCACUGGAGCCUUUGCGCUGCUCUAUGCAGCCGUGCAGGAGGUGGAGGCUGGGAAUGGGAUCCCUGAGCUGCCUCAGCUGGUGAGGCGCAUGCGGCAGCAGAGGAAACACAUGCUGCAGGAGAAGCUGCACCUUAGGUUCUGCCACGAGGCGGUAGUGAGACAUGUGGAGCAGGUCCUGCAGCGCCAUGGUGUGCUCCCUCCAUGCAGACCCUUGGCCAGCACAAGCGUCAGCCAGAAGGUGAAGGAGGUUUCCUGGGGGCUGUCAGGACAGCCACACCCUUGUGAAGCCCUCUCCUCACCCACUCUGUCUUCUCAGAAUCAUCUUCCUCAAGAUUCCCAGGAUUUGGUCCUUGGUGGGGACGUACCCAUCAGCUCCAUCCAGGCCACCAUUGCCAAGCUCAGUAUCCGGCCUUCUGGGGGCUUGGAUUCCCCGGCUGCCACCCUGCCAGGCCCUGCAGAGCCCCCAGGCCUGCCACCGGCCAGCCUCCCAGAAUCCACCCCCAUCACUUCCUCCUCCCCACCUCUUCUCUCUUCACUGUUGCCUGAGGCCCCCCAGCCUGAGGAGGAGCAGCUGGUGCCUGAAGCCCCCAAUUUGGGGCCCCCCUCCUCCUCCCUGGAGCUGCUGGCCUCCUUAACCCCAGAGGCCUUCUCCCUGGACAGCUCCUUGCGGGGAAAGCAGCGGAUGAGCAAGCAGAACUUUCUGCAGGCCCAUAAUGGUCAGGGGCUGCGGGCUGCCCGGCCCACCGAUGACCCCCUCAGCCUUCUGGAUCCACUCUGGACACUCAACAAGACCUGAGUAGGCUUUGCCUGCCUGGUUCUUACACUACAUCAUCUCCCAAGCCCAGCACAGGCCUCUCCUGGGGGGGGGCACAGCCUCUUACUCCCAUUCCUGCUGCCUUUGGCCCUGCCUGGCCCAGCCCGUGGGGUGGAAAUGUACCACGGGCCUUGGGUCAGGUUCUGCUCCUUUGUGGGACCUGACAUUUUUCAGCUUUUUGCUAUUGAAGUAAUAAACCAACCUGUUCUGUGGCCA